AAUAUGAAUAGUGUCAACUGCUUAUUCAAGGAAAGAGUAAUUAUGCAAUUUAUAGAAGAUUUGGAGAGAUACUUAUCAAAUCAUCUGGACAAAUGCUUGAGCAUCUUAAAACAAAACUGCAAUCAAUGUAAAAUUGGCAGUCAGGAAGCAGUUUCUUCUGUGAAAUGGGAACUUAUGCUGCUCGACAGUUGAAGAAUUGCACGCUACGUUAUUAUUGGCUUCAACAGCUGCAUUGCACAUGAGGUUAUUCUUUGGUAGUAUUUUGCCAAUUGGGGUUUUUAAGGGGGAAUAGUUCUCUUUAGCCAUCAUAUCAGUAUGUUUUGCAAGAUGAAUGGCUUAAUCUAUAUUUAGGUCCGUCUACGGAAUUGAUAAUUUUCAGUUGAAUAUACCUAAGUGUAUUCUUCUGAGGGUAUUUAUUCAGGUUCCCUAGGAGAUUCUGUCGUUUUAUGCCAAAUAUCAGAUAAGAUUGCCAAAUACAGGUUUCUGGUGAAGGCCAUUAACCCGAGACUCCUGUACUCUUCUCGGAGUAGAUAGAUUUUCACUGUUUCCGUUUUCCCUUAGUUAGAUUGAUGUCAAAGCAAGCAUUUUGUUGUUUGAUUCACUCUCUGAGCUAAUGGUUAAGACAUCAUAUAUUUGUACUGUUCCAUGAGGUUGUUCCUUGGAAUAAGCAACUAUUUUGUAGUGUGAAGAAGUUUGUCUGUAAAUGCUGGUUUCUUGUUAAUUUGAACCAAUAAUUGAACUUCAAAAAUGGAUGUUCCUGUGAAGAAACCUCAGGAUAAUGGGCAGAAAGCCUUGAUCAGUGAUGACAUUUUGGCUAAGAGGCUAAAAAAUCGGGAGCGUCAACGCAGAUAUAGAGAAAGGAAACGUCUUAAAGCUGAUACAAUGAAGGUGUUGGGCACAAACAAACUAGUUUCAUUGCCAGUGGAGGUGCCCGUGAGUGUUGCUCCCCCGGAUAGGACAGUGCCAGUGAAUUUCGCUCCUCUGGACUCUUCGGUUCCAGUGAAAGUUGGUCCGCUGGACUCUUCAAUGCCAGUGAAUGUUGCUCCUCUUGACUCUUCAGUGCCAGUGAAUGUAGCUCCCCGAGCUUAUGUAAUGCCAGUGGAUGUUGCUUCUGGAGAAUCUGUGAUGCCAGUCCGCUGUUCUUCCCGAGAGUCUGUCACCCGUGUUUACUCCGGGCGGAAUUGGAAAAGAGAUGCCCGAAAUGCCCAUGCUGUGAGACAAAACAAAGCUAGUUUUAAUAGUACGGUUUCACCAAAUUUAGCUUCAACUUGUGGAAGUCAAGCAACAUUGUUACCCCACGUUGAACAGUCAGAUGUCGCAUUGAGUAAUGUAAUUUCUUCACCUGUGUCUGCAUCGGAAAAUAAUGGAACACCAAAAUCUUUUCCCAGCAGGAGAAAUUGGAAAGCAGAAGCUAGAAAUAAGAAGAGCUGAAAUUGUCGACAGUAAGUUAAGGUCAAGCAUAUCACAGAAUAUUAUCAAUUGUUAGCAGCCUUGUAAUAUCAUUAUGUACAACAUUGGAAGGACUGAUGAACUUCGGAUGAUAUUAUAUCGGAUGCCCGACUUACACGGCUCUUAAUUUUUUCUUUCUGUUCAACCAAGUGAGAAGAUCCUGACCAUUCCUAAUGUCCAGGUUUUUUCAGGUAAGAAAUUUAGGUUUUAGAGUAACUUUAGCAUACUCUUCUGCUGCUAGAAUCUAAGUGGUUGGGACUUCCAUUAUUCCGAUGAAACGAAUCUUCAUAUGUUUCACGAGAUUCUGACCAUGUAUUUCUGUACAUAUCUGUUGUAUGUGGAUUACCGUACUUGUGGGAUUACACUGGGUAUAUUGUUGUUGUUUGUAUCUGUUGUAUGUGGAUCGAUCAUCCUUAGUCCGAUUUGUCACUCAAGAAGAAACUAUCCUUCAUGA